CACGGACCAAUUAUACUAUAUUUCGUGCUUUGAUUAGUAGUAAGGGAAGAUGAGCUUGCUAUAUAAUUGGUUUACAGCUCUUGUCUGUUUUAUCAGUUUGGCAAAUGCGUUUUAUUUACCAGGGGUAGCACCAACUGAUUAUAAAAAAGGUGAUACCAUACCUUUAUUAGUUAAUCAUUUAACACCAUCAUUGCAUCAUUUAUCAUCCAAUCAAGCUAAGGUUGAACCAUCGAAAACAUACGUUUACUCUUAUGACUACUACUAUCCAAAAUUCCGUUUUUGUACUCCAGAUGGAGGCCCAAAGAAACAGCUGGAAUCAUUAGGGUCAAUUAUUUUCGGUGACAGAAUUUUUAAUUCUCCAUUCCAAAUUAAUAUGUUAGAAGAUAAAACUUGUGAAAGUUUAUGUAAGUCAAAGUAUAGUAAAACUGAUGCAGUUUUUGUGAAUAGAAAUAUCAGAGCUAAUUAUAAUCAUAAUUGGAUUAUUGAUGGUUUACCAGCUGCAAGACAAGUUGGUGAUUUAAGAACUAAAGAUCUUUUUUACGGCGCUGGGUUUAAUAUUGGUGAUGUUGAAGAUAACACCCCUCAUUUAUUUAAUCAUUUUGAUAUCUCAGUUGAAUAUCACGAAAGAAAGAAGGGUGAUUACAGAGUUGUUGGUGUCAUUGUUCAUCCUAAAUCUUUAGACAGAAGUAAAUUACCUGCCGAUGCUAAGAAGGAAGAAUUAUGUAAUCCAGAUUUGACCAAAGUUCAUUUGAAAAAAGAUGGUGAAACUGAAGUUCUUUAUACUUAUAGUGUUAAAUUCGUUGCUUCUAAAACUGCUUGGGCUACUAGAUGGGAUAAAUAUUUACAUGUUUAUGAUCCAAAAAUUCAAUGGUUUUCUUUAAUUAACUUUUCAUUGAUUGUUUUAAUCUUAGGUAUCAUUAUCACUCACAUUUUAAUGAGAACUUUGAAGAACGAUAUUAUUAAAUAUAAUGAAGUUAACUUAGAUGAUGAUAUUUCUGAUGAAAGUGGUUGGAAAUUAGUUCAUGGUGAUGUUUUUAGACCACCUCAACGUAAAAUGUUAUUAUCAAUUUUGGUUGGUAGUGGUGUUCAAAUCUUUUUAAUGGUUUUUGUUACUAUAGCAUUCGCAUUAUUUGGUUUAUUAUCCCCAUCUAAUAGAGGUGCUUUAUCAACUUUUAUUUUUGUUCUUUUCAUCUUCUUUAGUAUUGUUGGAUCAUUUGUUAGUCAAUAUAUCUAUAGGUUCUUUGGAGGUGAAGAUUGGAAAUUGAAUUUAAUCUUAUCACCAAUCGUGGUUCCAGGUACUUUAUUCUCCGUUUUUGUUUUCUUAAAUUUCUUUUUGAUUUAUGUUCAAUCAUCGGGUGCUAUUCCAGUUGGUACUAUGGUUGCAAUUAUAGUUAUUUGGUUUGCUAUUUCAAUUCCAUUAUCGGUAGUUGGUUCAAUUUUAGCUUCUAAAAGACCUCUUUUAUCAAUCCCAGUUAGAACCAAUCAAAUUCCAAGACAAAUUCCCCAACAACCAUGGUACUUAAAAUCAAUCCCAGUUAUGGUUAUUGCUGGUAUUUUCCCAUUUGGAUCAAUUGCAGUUGAAAUGUACUUUAUCUACUCAUCAUUAUGGUUUAAUAGAAUCUUUUAUAUGUUUGGAUUCUUAUUCUUCUGUUUCAUCUUGAUGAUCUUAACAACUGCAUUAAUUUCUAUUUUAAUGAUUUAUUAUACCUUAUGUUCAGAGAACUAUAAAUGGCAAUGGAAAUCAGUUUUUAUCGGUGGUGGUUGUGCAUUAUAUGUAUUCUUACAUUCCUUAUUCUUAACUGGUGGUGAAAAAUUAGGUGGUUUAACCUCCUUAGUUUUAUAUGUUGGUUACUCAUCUGUGAUUUCACUUUUAGUUUUCUUAGUUUGUGGUUCUGUUGGAUUCAUAAGUAAUUUGUUUUUUGUUAGAAAAAUCUAUUCUCAAAUUAAGAUUGAUUAA